AGAAAGAUGGAAACGUCCCUUUGAUCUGGGCGAGGCGAUCGCUGACUAAGAGGAGCCGGAAGUGAAUCCAAUCUCAGUGGAUCUUUUGGUCGGUCCCUCAUUUGUUUCUGUUCUAUUUUUAACCCGCAGGACGUCAUGGGGUACAUAGCGGUGGUGGUGGCGCUAGCGGCAUGCGCGGCUGUUACUCAUGCCGAUACUAGGAACACCUGGUCGUGGGGCGCCGACGGCCACAAGGAGGCCCAUGACUCUGCUCCUUCAUCUAUCUCGUCGGCCGUGGCAUCAGCCCCGUCGUCGGGGUCGCUCAGGACCGUCUCCUUCACCGCCAACGACGACCACCAGUUCGUCGACCCCGGCGUCAGCGUCAUCAGCACGGUGAAGCAGAGCCAGAGCGUGAUUCCUCCUCCGAUUGCGAUCGCAGGGGCGACCGGAUCGGUCUCGGUAGCGCCCCAGAUUACCGGGGAUCAUCUGAAAGGAGAGACGCCCACCGGCAGGGUCGACGGAGCCGCCGCCGGAGACCAAACGGAAGGGAGGUUCUUCGGCAUCAAAUCCAAGCUCUGUGACGUUGGCAUUGGAUUUGACUGCAAGAAGGGCUACCAUAAGGGCGACCACAUCAGCCCCUACGACAUCAGCUACGUGCAGCCCGUGCAGGUGGUCCCCGUGGGCGGCCCCAUAGCGUCCGUGCCGGUCAACAAGGGUUACCACCACAAGGCCAAAGGACACUACAGCCCACCUUCCACGGGCUACGGCGCCCCCCAUCCUCCCUCAUUAGGCUACGGAGCUCCCCACCCUCCCUCCACUGGGUAUGGCGCCCCCCCUGCCUACCACCCUCCCCAGUCGAGCUACGGCGCUCCCCCAGCACCCAGCUACACCCCCCCAAAGGCCUCCUACUCAGCCCCGAAGGCUCACGGCCAGACGGUGGUGCACCACGUCCACACGCACCACCACGUCUACACCGGCGGCUCAGGCGGCGGAUACGCGAAGGACUCCUAUUCUGGCGGCUUCCUUGACCGGUCCUCCAGCUCCAGCAGCUCCUCCGUCAACAAGAUCGGGUCGUCGCUUCCGGUCAUCCCCCUCGGAUCCUCAUCCUCCUCCGGCUCCUCCUUUUCCUCUUCCUCGGCCUUUUCCUCCUCAUCCGACUUCCAGAGGCUGUACCGCGAGGACUGCCAAUGCGUGGACCGAAUUUACUGCCGCGACCACGACAUCGUCGGCAGAACCAACAGCAACUUCGGUUCUCUCCUUGACGCUCGGACCCGCAACACCGACAUCCUCUCCACCGCAGAUGACGAGUCCGACAAGCAGGCCGCAGCGUCAGAGAAGCAGGAAGUCGUGGUGGAGAAGGAGAACAGGACCGAGACCGCCGCAAGGACCAAAAGAGACACAAUGAGGUUCGUCAACGACCGCUUCGGUUCUUCGACCAGAUCACAGCGUCAGUCGUCCCUCAGCUACACCCCCGGCGUGAAUGGCUGCGCCGUCGGCCACGUGUGCUGCCGCAAUCCCUCCUUCCGCCAGUCCCGCCAGGUGUCCUCCUGCGGGCGUCGUAGCUCCUUCGGGCUCCUCGGGCGCGUCAAAAAUACGCACUUCGAGCAGGGAGACACGGAGUUCGGCGAGUAUCCUUGGCAGGCGGCCAUCCUGCGUCGCGACAACGGAGAUAACGUGUACGUGUGCGGCGCCGUCCUCAUCGACCAUCGCCACCUGCUGACGGCGGCGCACUGCAUCAGCGGUCUAAGCCCCGCCCAGCUGAAGGUGCGUCUUGGCGAGUGGGACGUGGGCCGCGACACCGAAUUCUACCGCCACGUAGACCUCGACGUCCUGGGCAAUUACCCCCACCCGGACUUUUACUCUGGCAACCUCCACAACGACAUCGCCGUCCUAAGGCUCAUCUCCCCCGUUGAUUUCGUGACCAACCCUCACAUUUCCCCCAUAUGUCUGCCGGACCGCUUCACCAAGUUCACAGGAUCUCGAUGCCAGGCUGCCGGUUGGGGCAAGAACGCCUUUGGAGAGGUGGGUGACUUCCAGAACCUGCUGAAGGAGGUGUCGUUGCCCAUGGUGGACCACAGGCUGUGCCAGAACGCCCUUCGCCAAACCAGACUGGGCCCCAACUUCUCGCUGCAUGAGAGUAUGAUCUGCGCCGGAGGAGAGGCUGGUUCCGACACCUGUGAGGGUGACGGAGGAAGCCCCCUAGUCUGCCAAGACCGAGACGGAACGUUCCGGCUGGCAGGCCUCGUGUCGUGGGGUAUCGGGUGCGGGCAGCCGGGCGUCCCUGGAGUCUACACGAACAUACCCUUGUUCAUAGACUGGAUCAGGUCCAUCACGAGGUCUUAAGGUUUAGGGAGAGUGAUACAAUCCGUAAGAGAGAAAGAGAGAAGCACCUCAGGGUCAAGUCUGGCUUGAAUUUGUUUGUGGAUGAAUAAUCGUGUAUAACUGUAAAUGUUUAUGCAGCGUACAAUAUUGUCACUCUGUAGGAUACGGGAAAAAAUGUUGAAUAUUUUUAAAUUUUCUGUUGUUGGGAUAUUUUGAUUGUUUCAGUUACAUUGAAUAUAUGAUAGUUCCUUCUCUACUGGCUAGAGAACGAACUCCUAACAUUUCUUGUUAUUUCUCUAGUCUCGAAUUACUAAGCGACAUGUAUUCCGUCUUUCCAUACUUAUACUCUAGAGAAAGGGAACUUGCUCUCAAGAUACCACAGUAACCUCUGGACAGAAAGACACGUAUUCUACAUACAUAUACACUGAAAUCUGUUAUGAAACCUUACCUCUUCAUCUUGCCUCUAUAUAACGUAUUUACAUUUUAUAAUUUUAAUAUUAUUUUAACUUCAUACCAUCGCAUCACAUACCAUUUGAAUUCUGAUAUCAUGCUCAUACUUAAUGUAUUUUCUUCUUCUUGUUCUUUAAAAAGAGCUUUAAAUUAAUACUUGGCCAAAUUUCAGCAGAUAGUGGCCAUGGGUGCACUAUCAUGUUGUAUCAUGUAUCAUGAUUAUGUGUUUGACUGAAUAAAGUGUUGAAAGUAU